AUGUCCCCCGUCCCAAUCCCAAUCCUCAAAGCCCUCAACCUCCCCACAGACCCCCAAAACUGCACCCUCGACUCAUCCGGCCUAGGCUCAGGCUUCACAAGCACAGCUAUCCUCAACGCAACAACCACAUCCGAAACCAACACUCAUCAACAACGAAAAUAUUUCAUAAAAACCUCCCAGGAUGGCCCUGCCGCAAAAGAAAUGUUCCACGGCGAAUACGAAUCCCUCAACGCUAUCGCCGACGCUGUCCCUGGUUUCUGUCCUAGAGCUUUAGCAUGGGGUCCGCUGGACGAGAAGAAUGGGUACUUUCUCGCAACGGAGUUUCUCGAUUUACGCAGUUCUAGGAACCGAGGGUCUUCUGGUGAUGAAAUGAACAGUCUGGCGUAUCGAUUGGGCAAAUUACAUACCACGCCUGCACCCGUCGAUCCCGUUACUGGUCGAUCCAGAUACGGGUUCCCCGUACCGACGUUCUGCGGGGACACGAGACAGUCGAAUACCUUCUAUGAUAGUUGGGCUGAUUUCUACGCUAACGAACGACUUCUAACUAUCCUGGCCUCGUCGGAGAAACGGAAUGGUCGGGAUGCAGGGUUGAGGGAUCUCGUUGAGAAAACUGCUCGUAUUGUUGUGCCGCGGUUACUGGGUGAUGAGCAUUUGGGGUAUAAUAUCCACGGUGAAGGGGUGGGGCUUCAGCCUGUUGUUGUGCAUGGGGAUUUGUGGAGUGGGAAUGCUGAUCGGGGCAGGAUUGUUGGGAAUGGGAAUGAGAGAGAUGAAGAAGAGGAAGAGGUGGUGGUGGGAGAUGUGGUUUAUGAUCCUUCUGCUUGUUAUGCGCAUAGUGAGUUUGAGUUGGGGAUUAUGGGGAUGUUUGGGGGGUUUGGGGGGAGGUUUUUUGAGGAUUAUCAUCGGAUUGUGCCGAGGACGGAGCCUGUGGAGGAGUAUGAGGAUCGGGUUAGGUUGUAUGAGUUGUAUCAUCAUUUGAAUCACCAUGCAAUCUUUGGUGGUGGGUACCGGUCUGGUGCGGUGUCGAUUAUGCAGAAGCUUUUGAGGAAGUACAGUGACGGACAGUGAAUGAUUGGGAUCUUAUGCAAGAGGUUUCAUCUUGAGACUAUUCGAUUCAGAAAAUGGGUUGUCCGCUCAGGUUUUUAUGUCGAAUAUCGGAGGAGCCACAACUGUCGUCAGAUACUUGUGAAG